UUUGUGGGAUGAGGUUGAAAAUUCCCUUUUUGUAAAAUUCCUGUUCUUCCGCGUUGUGCCAAGUUGUCGCAGUCUUUCACCUCUUUGUCCGAAGCAAAUCGUUGACUUCCUAAGUGCUCCUUGAAGUGAGGGAACAGGUGAAAGUCACUUGGAGCGAGGGCCGGGCUGUAGGGUAGGUGAUCGAUAUCGUCCCAGCGAAACUGCUCCAAUAGCGUCGUGGUCCUCCGUGACGUAUGGGGCCGCGCAUUAUAAAGGAGGCUGAAGCCCUCGGUGAGAAGUAGUGACCGUUUCCUCCUGCCUGCUUCGCGCAAUCGUUUCAAGGUCUCGCAAUAUCGGUCAGUGGAUAUUGUGUGCCGAACGUGCAAGAACAGUACAAUUUGACGAGAAGAGAAUUUUCAAUCUCAUCCUACGAAGCGACAAGUGCCUAAACCGCAAUGGAAACUAUGUUGAAAAAUAAUCCUAGGGAUAAUACUUCAAUGUGGCUAUAUUAAUUUGUCUGAAUAGAACAAUCCCUCUUCACUGUAGGCUUUGUAACCUUACUCUUGAAUCGAUGAUAGUUCAAAGUGGCUAUAUUGGUUUUUCUGAAUAAAAUAUUCCCUUUUUAUUACAGACUUUGUAACGUUACUUUUGAAUCGCCCCUCGUAAUAAUAGUCUACUGUGUUACUGGUAAAAUAUAUUUUUCCGUAUAUUAUUACAAACUAUGACUUUACGUGUCGUAUUACUUCAGCUUCUACAAUCUCUACAAUCCCAUCUAAUCUAUCGAGCUCUACUUCUUUCAAGAUCACAGCCCACCAACCAAUCAUCUUGACUUAUCUAAUCCAAUCAAUGGAAAAUUUCUCGAAAUCGACCACUGAGAGUGAUGGUGUGCUAUCAGUCCUGUGCGCUACCGGGAUCCGCCCGGGGAAACUAUAUAAGAUCAUUAGCAACAGUGAACACAUUACCAGGUCCAGUACGACUGCCUCUCAUCGGUACUUCAUAUAUCUUUCUACAACAAAAAUCUGAAGAUUUUCUAAGUAUUAUUAUGCAGAUGUGCGAAAAAUUUUCAUCACCUUUUCAAUUUUGGAUAGGUCCUAAGUUGGUCUUCGUAAUAUACGAACCAGAUCAAAUAAAGACCGUUUUACAAAGCCAUUUUUGUUUGGAUAAAAGUAUGAUGUAUAAUGCUGUAAAACCAAUAUUCGGUUCAGGAUUAUUGACAGCCCCUGCACACAUAUGGACUGGAGAUCGAAAAAUGAUAGCCCCAAUUUUUCAAACAGUCAUGUUGAGAGAGUUUGUUGACAUAUUUGUUCAAGAAGCUUCAAUAUUAACUGAAGAAUUAGAAAAAAUUGGGCAUAAUGGAAACGAAAUUUUCUUUCUUAAGCCUUCUUUAGAGAGAUAUACUCUUAAAAUUGCAUUUGGCACUAUGAUUGGUAUCAAGGUGAAAGAAAAUAUACUCAAUGAAAUUGUGGAGGCACUUGGAAGAAUGAAAAAAAUUAUAGGAGCAAGAUUUCGGAACGCAUUUUUGAUUCCUGAUUUUAUAUUUAAUUUCACUUCUAUGGGAAGCACACAGCGAAAGACAAUAAUCUUUGUUCAAUCUCUUAUUGAUAAGGUAAUUCAGCAAUGGACAAAUGAAUCAAAUACAACAAACGUUAAUGAUGGCAUAACUCGUAAAAGACUUGUGAACAUUUUAAUGAGUUCAACUCAUAAUAAAAAAUUCACGGAAAAAGAAAUUUUCUAUCAUUUGAUUACGAUGUUAAUAACGGCCAGUGACACCAUUGCUGUUACGAUGUACUUUGUGAUUUUCGUGUUAGCAAAUUUCUCAGAAAUACAGGAAAAAGUAUAUAAGGAGUUGUUAGAAAUUUAUGGAACAAAAACUCCAAAAGCUGCGCCUGUUAAAUAUGAGGAUCUGCAACGUAUGAAUUAUUUGGAACGCGUGAUUAAGGAAACUUUAAGAAUUUUUCCUACUGGUCCAGUAAUUGCACGAGAAGUGACGGAAGAUGUUAAAAUAGGUUUGCUAAUUUUUAAAAAUUUAUUGCAUUUAUUGCUAAUUUUUUUUGAAAUUUUUGUUAUAAUAAAACAUGAAUAAAUUAAGAUUCUUGUAUUUUAUUUUAUUACGGCAACAAUUUCAAAAAAGGUUA